AUGGCCAUCGAGAAGAGUCUAUACGCCUACAGCCCAAGCCAUGUUCUGCCCAUCGUCUUCGCAGCACUUGUGGGCGCUUCACUAGUUGUUCACAUCUUACAGAACUAUCGGUACCGGUACUGGCGCAUCACGUUCUUCAUGUUCUGGGGCGGUGCGGUAUUCACGACAGGAUGGAUCGUCCGCUGCAUUUCGACCUACCACCCUGGCCAGCUGGGCCUGUUCAUUGCACAGGCGGUGUGCAUAUACGGCGGGCCUCCCAUCUACUCGGCGGCCGAAUACAACAUCCUGGGCCGACUGAUGCACUAUCUGCCCAUGCAUGCACCACUCAACCCCAGCCGGGUGCUAUAUUUCUUCCUGUACCUGGGGAUUGUGGUGGAGGCAGUGACCGCUGCCGGGGCAGCACGCCUUGCUGCAGCAAGGGACGACAUCUCGCUGUACCAGAGUGGAGCCGUUCUGAUCUCUGUUGGACUCGUCCUGCAGGCGGUGAUUGAAUGCCUCUUCAUGGGCAUGGUGGCGUGGCUGCAUCGCCGCUGUGUGCUCUCCGGCAUGCUGGCACCCAACGUGCGCACGAUUUGCAUCAUGCUGUACGGCACGUCCACCCUCAUCUUGCUGCGCUGCGUGUAUCGCGCCAUCGAAGCCUUCAGCACCAUCGCCUCGCCCACCUCGUGCCUGGGUCUCUGUCGUGCCAUCCUCUGGCACGAAUGGUACGUCUUUGCCUUCGAGGCUGCACCAAUGGUCUUGUACACGUACUGGCUCAACAUCAUCCACCCGGGCCGGUUCUUGCCACGCCAGUCGACCCGCUAUCUGGAUCCUGAUGGCAGAACGGAACGAGACGGGCCCGGCUGGAUUGAAUCCCGCGCCACCUGGUGGACUUUCUUCGACCCUUUUGAUCUGCGUGGCCGAGCCAAAGGCCAGCUCCACCAUGAAGCCUUCUGGUUGCAGCCGGAGAAGUGGCUAGUCUGUAGCGACACCAGCUACGCGCAACGAUCCUUUGCGAAGUCGAGACCUGCAUGGUUGCCUUGA